GAAGACGAUGAUGAUGUUGGUGAUGAUGAUGGUGUUGAUGGUAAUUGCGAGGAUGCUGGAUCAGUUGCCUUGCGUGUCUGUUUCAAUGAGCCCGUGAGUGAUGAAUUCUCUGCUGUAUUUCGGUUUCCCAGGGCAACCAUGUCUGACAGAAAGGCAGUGAUCAAAAACGCCGACAUGUCGGAGGACAUGCAGCAGGACGCCGUGGAGUGUGCCACACAGGCCCUGGAGAAGUACAACAUCGAAAAAGACAUCGCUGCCUACAUUAAAAAGGAGUUUGACAAGAAAUAUAACCCGACUUGGCACUGCAUCGUUGGGAGGAACUUCGGCAGUUACGUGACUCAUGAGACCAAGCAUUUCAUUUACUUCUACUUGGGUCAGGUGGCCAUCCUGUUGUUCAAGUCCGGCUGA